AGAAACUGGUCCGAACACCGAGGAAGAAAAUCUCAGCGAAAUGCCCAAAGACCAAGCGGUGCAUUGACAUCCCAAAGCCUCCCACAAGUUCCAGUACAACCUCAAAGACAUCGGACACCACUAAGCCUCCUCCUUCUGUCACAACCAAGCCUCCCAAAAUGUCAAGAAAACAGAGGAAGUCAAGACAAGUCAUCGAGGACAGAGAAGGUUUUUUGCAGCUUGGGAGGAGUUUGUCUAGUACCAAACCAGUGAUGUACUUCAUCAAACCUUAUGUGGCUAUGGCCACAAUACGGUAUGAGGAGGUCAACAGCAAUUUUCACCAUUCUCGAGGUGCUUCACACCAACAAGUGCGCCUUCCGAAGGCAGAGACACCUUAUGUUGCAUCACGCAAGCAAGGGAAGAGGCGACGCAAAAGAAAAAAGCAAAUCGUGAAAAGACGGAGGCGGCGAAAAUGGAAGGUACCUUGGGAGGCUUCAGUCAAGUUUUCCUGGAGGAAUGAUGGGCAAAUGGACAACAACAAAACAGGAAGCCAAGGAGGUAACAAUAUGUCAUUGCAGGGGUGAAGCAAUCUCAAGGGGGUUCAAAACGAGCUCGACCCCCUUGUCAGAAAGUUGAGUGUGGUCCGUGCCAAAUUUGCUCAAGAUCCAGUACAAAAUGGACCCAUCUUAGCAUCUUGAGCAACUCAAAGGUUAAACAAUAUUUUAGAACUUACUUGCCACAUUUGAGUGAGGAUGGUUGCAUUUGUAAUGCAUGCAGGCACAAAUUUACAAAAAAAAGUAACAAUCCAGUCUAUACGCCAGAAAAAACAAGAUCUAAGCAAAGACCUCUUUGUUACCUUAACAAAUAUGACAUGUGUUCAACAGUUUCAGUGGCAGAUAGCUCUAUUUCUUUGGAAACUUUUCAAUCCUGUUUUCCAACCAUUGACUGUUUAUUUAUACCAAGCUGUGUUUCUUUGUGCAGUUUACACAAAUCUUUCAUAUACAACAUUCAGUCAAAUGCAAAGUGUGUGGUUUGUGGUGUCAUUCUGGUUAAUUGUAGAAGGUAUGCAUGUACAAAUCUGGAUAUUAACAAUGCAUAUCUGCAACUAAAUAUUUCAAUUGACGAGGUAACAAUUACUACUUUCAGUUCUCUUUGCUUUACUUGCUAUUCUGUGGCUAAAAGGAAAGUAGUACCUGUUACACGUUUGGAGGAUGUUGAGUUAAGUUUAGAGAGUCAUAAAGAAAUGUCACACACAAGAACAGCACUUUGCAUGACCUGUAAGGAAAUUUGUAAGCUAUGCAACAGUCAUGAGGCGUUUCUUCUUGCAGACAUGUACGAUUUAUUUGUAUCUUUACUAAAACUCAAAUGUGGUGAGGCAAGUUGUCUUGAAUCAUGUAAGCGAAGUUCUAGAUGGUUGUUGUCUGGAAUUUUUGAGAUAUUUGGGGACUUGAUAGAAGUGCACAAGAUGUCUACACGUAAAUACAGCACUUUAUUACUUUACAAGGACCUUAAUUUCAGAAAGGCCUUGCAUUUGUCAUGUGCCAAAUUACGGUAUCAUUCUAAAAGAAGUGGGGAUGAGAUGUUCUCUGAAGAUUUUAAACCCACAUUAAAUUCUGAAAGAGAUAUCAAUAAGAUGGCUCUUUAUUUCCUGCCUCAUAUAAAUAGAAAACUCAAGCACCAAUCUGGAGAGAUCACUAAACACUACACACAAAAUCUAAUGGAAACUGGCUCUUUUAACUUUGAUUCCCUGUUCGACAUGAUUGACCCAGAAGUGUGGAAUACUGUUUCUUUGUUGACUGCAAACAACGAUGAGUUAAAAUAUUUCAGUGAAUGUGGAUCAUUGUUUGGAAAUGGCAAGCUUGUUUUCCCAAGCUACUCAAAACCACAUGGAAGACAGCGACGCAACAGAAGAAUAAUUCUCAUUAUGGUUAUGCAGUUCACUUACAAUGAAUCCAACAACUAUCCAUUUCAUAUUGUCAUUGCAAAUUGUGUGAAACGACUUUCACAUUCAUCAAAACUAAUUAAAUUGUUGAAUCAGUCUGGCUUCUGCACUUCUGAAGACACUUUAGAUAGAUUCUUAGAAACCAUAAAACAGCUUCGCCAACAGUCGGGUUUACUUUCUACACUAGAAUCCAAUACUUUUACCAUAGUAAGUGUUGAUAAUAUUGAUGUUCUUGCUAGCAGUGCUGCAGUCACAUCACAGGGUUUAGGAAGAAGUUGGCAUGGAACAUCGGUCAUGGCACAACAGCCAAAACCCUUGACAGAAAAACUCUCCCCCACUGGAGAACUGAUUGACAUUAUUGGACAAAAAUCUUCUCCAAUAACCUCUGACUUUCAAACUGUACAAGUAUAUGGAGAUGGGCGUUGCCUGUACAGAUGCAUUGCAUCUUACAGCAAUUCCAAUAUACUACUUUGUAAACGGAAUGAGGUUGGUAUACCUGUUGAUCAAACUAUGUUCCAUUUAGAGCAGCAAUUUGCAGAUUACUUCAGAUAUUCUGUUUGUCAACAUUUAGAACAACAUCUCGAACUUUUAGAAGAACUUCCAGAGGGAAUUAAACAGGUGCUUUUGGAAUCUUCAAAUGAUCAAUUUUAUUCUUCAUUUUCUGAAAAAGUUGCUGAUGGCAGAAACUCUGGCACCUAUGCUGGUCAUUUGGAGAUGUGUUCUCUAGCAUGUGUAUUACGUACAGAUAUAUGUGUUUAUCAGAAAACUGUCCACGGUCUGACACUAGUUGCAAGAUAUCCCACUAAGCCAAUGUCCAUGUAUCACAUCUGUUUACUGUACCGUCCCGGAUCAAAUGCUAUUACAAGUCAUUUUGAUUUAAUGUAUCAUGGUAGUUGUCGACCAAACUGCCAACUUCUACUUGAUACAAAUGACACAACAUUCAAUAAAUGGCAUGAUGGAGUAAAAGGUUUUGGAGGUUUGAUAAAACCAAAUUUACUAGAUUUUGUUUCGGGUAGUCCACAAGAAGCUAUCCAGAGGACAUGUGAUGACAGGCAAUUGCAUCCUCAGGCUUCUGCUGAUGGUGAGGAAACGAGUAGUUCAUCUGAACGUUAUUUUACACCAUCAUUGAUCAUGGACGCACCCAAAAAACCUUCAGUAAGAAGAAAACUUAGCCCAUCAAAUCUCAACGUUCCUGAAAAAGGACAUUUUGCUACCCCAUUUUUCAAAACUUUCAUUCGUCAACAGUUGUCAGUGAGUACUUUUUUUCCAUCUGGCGAAGAAAAGCUUCAGCAGAAGCAACUUCACUAUGACAUGUUUAUGCACAUUUCAGAAAGAUACGUUUCUGUUGUUGAUGUAACAAAACAUACUGUCCCUGGACUGAAGUGUAACAUGUUACUGCAUUCAAAGGCCCGAUGUGAAAAAUCAAAGUUUUCUUACAUUUAUGUACUCAAUGAGAAAGCUGACUGUGCUCAAACUGUAAAAUCGGUCAUUGGUCUUCUGUAUGACCUUUUCAAAAUUUCAAAAUCCAUUAACCACCUCGUUAUUGCAGGUGAUGGUGCAACAGUUAAGAUAUUGUUGGAUGUAAAGAAAGAAUAUGGUGAAGUAUUGGACUGGGUUAUACCCUAUUUAGGUGAUUGGCAUGUAUUGAAGAACUUUCAAGAAGUUGUAAUGAAAGUGUUUUGGGAUGCCGGCUUAAAGGACAUCGCCAAGUUAACCCACAAAAAUAGUACCUUGAACAAUUUGAAAACUUGCAGUAAUUUCAAAAGAACACAUAGGUUUCUAUUACAAGUUUAUGAGGCAAUUUAUGUUCAUCAAUUCAAGUGUUUUCUGGAUUGUAGAGAUGGAAAAGAUGAAAGUUCCAUCUCUAAUGAAGCUUUCCAUAAAAUUGUCACAAACGUUGUGGAGCAAGUGCAUAUUCAAGGUGAUUUCUGUGAUUAUUUUGAUAUUGAGGAGUUUGUGUCUAAGGUACAUAUGCCACUUCAUGGGUGUCUACCAACUUUGCUUGAUGAAUUCAAUGAAUUUUGUAUCAAAAUGGCUGAGAAGUAUGAAACUUUCAAAUUUUGGAAUAGGUUUCUGAAAGAAGAUUGUUUCUGCUAUAUUCAGUUGUGGAUAGCCAUGCGAACGGGUAAUUGGAAUUUGCGUCUAGGUGCCCUAAAAGAAAUGGGUCCUUUAUUCCAUGCCUUUGAUAGGCAGAACUACUCUAAAAUGAUUCCAAUUCACCUGAGUCAAAUGCAUGGCUUACCAACCUACAUAUUAGACCAUUUCAGAAACGGGGCGUUUGUUUCUAGUAUACGUGGAUUUAACUUUUCAUCUGUUGGGAUAGAUGAAGCUCAUGAAAUGCUGAUUAACAAAGACUGUAAAAUGGCACUGUCUAGAAGCUUACCAACAAACAUGGAAAAAAUUUCCGGAACCUUGGAGUUUCAGGCUCAACUCCUUGACAACUUUCAAAGUCAAUUGUCUGAUUCUAUUUUUAAACCUCUUCAGAGAGAUUUUGCUCCAUCUGUCAUAAUGUCUGAAUUACAAAAUGUUAAGGCAUAUUUUUCAAAGGUUUCCAGUUGUUCUAUGUUCAGUGAAGAUCAAGCACAUACUCUUUACCACCCUUUUGAACACACACCUGCCUCUGCAGUUCAACAGAAAGCUCUACUAUCAUACAGAGAGGUUGGAAACUCAUCUUACGACACUUACGUGCGAUUUAAUAUUUUGAAUGAAACCAGCACUGCCAAACCUGUCAUUAGAAAGCAUAGGCUGAAAACAUUUGCCAAAGACAAAGUAACGAAGAGAACGAUAAAUUACUUAGAAAAGGAAAAAAAAAUGAUUACUCUUUGUUACAAAAGAACAAUCUCAUUUUCUGAACAGCACAACCAGCCUAUUCAUCAGCUUUUCCAAUUUAUUGAAACUCCUCGAGCACUAUGUACUCCUUCAGGCUUGCCGAGCAAAGGGGCUAAGUAUAUUAUGUAUAACCUCUUUGGCAAGAGAUAUUCACAAUCAUUUUCACCUAUCACAGAGAACCACACUUUCCCACCUGGGACCUGUCUAAUUGCAGAAGGAAUGAACAUCAUAUACAUUAAUCCACUGCCUGGUUUUAGAUGUUUUGCAGAAUAUGCUUCGCUCAUUGUGUCAAGAUGGGUAACACCCUUUUUCAAAAAAAAGUAUAAGGAAGUACGAAUUCUCUUUGACCAGGUUUGCUCGCAAGGAAUCUCUCCAAAGGGCUUUGAGAGAGAACGACGAGAUGCUGGCCAAGAUGACGAUAUUGAAGUGUUUGAUUCAAUAACUGAUCAAACACCUCUGCCUCAAAAUUGGUCAAAAUUUCUCAAAGUGCGAACAAAUAAAUGA